AUGCAGGAAAAGAUCAAAACCAAAAAACGCAUGAAAAAAGUUAAGAGGGACAAUGAUGUGCCUCAAAAAGAAACAAGUUCUGAAGAAAAAUGGGAAGAGUCGGGAAGCAGUGGUGACUAUAUUGAUUAUUUAGGAGCUGACAUAUCAGAUAUGGAAAUACACAAAGCAGAUGAUUCAAAACCGGGUGAUUUCAUUUUGGUGAAAUUUAUGGGCACAGGCAAAAGAAUGUCCGCAACUUUCAGAUACGUUGCAACUAUUUUAACAAUUCUUUCAGAUACAGAGUUGCAGAUACAAUGUCUAAAAAGUAUUGACAAAUAA